CCCCGGUCCCCGUCAGCAUGUGGCGGGGCCUGGGUCGGACCUCCCCGCGGUCCCUGCUGCGGGCCCUGGGCUGCUCCUCCGCCCGCCCGGGCCGGGACCCGGGGACCCUCGGGACCCUCCGCGCCCUCCGCGCCCUCCGCCCCGCCGCCUCCGCCUCCGCCUCCGCCCUCCGCUCCGCCGCCUCCGCCUCCGCCCCCCCCGCCCUCCUGCUCCGGCCGCCGUCCCGGUCCCUGCACACCGCCGCCCCGACGCAGGCCGGUCAGUCAGUCGCUCGUAAAUUCACAGACAAACACGAAUGGGUAUCAGCCGAAAACGGCAUUGGCACCGUGGGAAUCAGCAAUUUUGCACAGGAAGCAUUGGGAGAUGUAGUUUACUGUAGUCUUCCAGAAGUUGGGACAAAAUUGAAUAAACACGAUGAGUUUGGAGCUUUGGAAAGCGUGAAAGCUGCUAGUGAACUGUAUUCCCCUCUAACGGGAGAGGUCACCGAGAUUAACACGGCCCUGGCUGAAGACCCAGGCCUCAUCAACAAGUCUUGUUACGAAAAUGGUUGGCUGAUCAAGGUGGCCCUAAGCAACCCUUCUGAACUCGAUGAGCUGAUGAGCGAAGAGGCCUACGAAAAAUACGUCAAGUCUAUCGAGGACUGAACCCGGAAUCGUCGAAUGAGCCAGUAUGGAAACACUUAGCCCGACCUAGUUUGCCCUAAAUUAGUGGUGUCCAGAAGGUGUGAAGCGUAGCGACGUGGAAAUCUGUAGGUUAACCCCAUCCCCCAGAAGACACUGCUGCAUGAGGAACAUCCAUUAACCGAGCGUAAAUGUCGGAGGGUAAAGAUGCUUACCAUCGGCACCCGUUGCACAGCACUCUCUUAGUGAUUUUCAUUAGGCUGCAGUCUAAUUGAAUAACGUGGCAAACUGGUAACGUCAUCACCGGUAAAAAAAAAAAAAAUGAGUGCCCUUCAAAGUUAGCAGCUGGAUUGGCCGAAGCCUUAAUCCAGGGAUGGGGGCCGUCACCGCGGGUCAACUGGCCGAGUAAGGGACGGAGACGUCCCCGUCCGUUGGAGUCGUUAACGAGUGCCGAGACGGCAAGCCGCACGGAGGCCUUGGUGAGGUGGGUGGAGUCCGACUGUCAGGUGCAGAGCAGUGCCGUUUCAGUUUUCUGAAUUAACUGCUUUGGCUGCUUCCUACGGGUGGGGCCACAGUCUAACGGCAGAAUAGGUAACCAGGUUAAUAAAAAGGAACUGACUUCUUUACCGGC